CUGAGUUGUGUUCUAGCAUUGAACACUGAAUAAUUUAUUUUAUUUAUUGGAUAGGAAUUUAAAAUAGGUUACUUACUAAGUCUAUUUCAUAUAUAAGAUAGCUUACUGGCUAUAGAAGAUUUAUGUAUGUGGUCUGUGGAAGAAGCCAUGACUGUACAUUUUACAUAUUUAUCUCAGGGAAGAGGAAAGGCCGCUUAAUCGUAUGAUUAACCACGGCUUCUCAUCCGUUUACCAGUUUGUGUCUGGUAAGGAUUAGUUAGUUAGGUAUUUUUCCAGAUGCAUUGAUGGUGUAUGAAGUCGUGGGUGACCAGCAUUCACGUGACCCACUCUACAGUGACGAGGGUACAGCAUUCCGGUGGCGAGCGUAUUUCUAACGCUUAGUACGAUGAGCCACACCGUCGCGGCGUACUUACAUGAAAUGCCAUUUGAUGGAAAUAAUAAUUCCUUAUAUGGAAAAACAGGAUGGCAGUGAAUGCAAAAUGUGUUAUCUCUCUGUGAAGCCCUGUAACCAAAUUUAUAGUGAACUUGUCAGCUUUAAACUGUCAUGUGUAGUCUGGCAUUAUUAUUGUUAACAUGGGGUUGGAAGGCAUGCUAUGGUUAUUUUUAAUUUUGUUUUUCCAGGCUGAGAUUUUUUGUUUUCAUUGUUUUCGUAACUAUAACUUUCUCUGACUUUUCAAAAUUUGUUCUUUUAUGUUCAACAGAUAUUAAAUAUUAUAUAUAAUUAUACUUGAAAGUAGUACUUGGCAGCAUAUCUCCCACGUUUCGACUUUUGUCUGGAAAAAAUGGCAGAUCAGAAUCAACCACAAGAGGGAGCUAAUGUGAACAUUCUAGGGGCACACAUCGAUGAACUGCAUGCAGGACAUGUAAAUCAGAUUGUUGCUCAGGCAGACGUAGUUCAAGCUCAAGCAGAAGUGAUUCAUGUAGACAAUGUGAACCUUCACAUGCAUUUUGGAGAUAAUGCAGCACCACAAGCUGAACUACAACAUGAUGCGCCUGCACUACAACAUCAAGUGCAGGAUGAUGCACCAUCGGCCAAACCAAAAAUGAAAAAAAAGGGAAUUUCCUCUUCAUCAGGUUUGUCAUCGCAUAUGCAAAGCAGAGAGCAACGCAACGUAAAUUUAAAAAUAAGCAAUGAAGAUGUGCUUGUGGCAGGUUCUGCAACAUAUUUGCAAGCAGAGCAAGAUGCCAAUGUUGAUAUUGCUUCAUCGAACAUUUACAUGACUGCAGGUAAGCACUUGGUAAUUGGAUUGUUUGGCAAGGGAGCAAUCACACAUUUUCAUGGCCCUGUCAACAUCCAAAUAGAACAUACAGAUGCAGCCCCUUCACAGCCUUCCACGUCAUCAGUCCCAACUGGAACGCCUGUUCAACCAUUGUCAGAUACAGGCACAGCCAUUGCUCCUGUGUAUAAAGUCAUUUCACCAGCAAAAGGCUUCUUCCAGCAAGUUACAGAGAAACUUUUUGGAGGUGUGAGAAGCUUCAUUGAUUAUUUCAAUUGGAGAACAUGGAAGCAAACAACAGUCAAUGUUACAGAAAGCUACAAAGAUCAAAACUUGGAAGAACCUGAAUUUGAGGUCAAUCCCAAGUUAAACAAAGUGACUGGUUUUUACAGGGGACAGAUGGCACCUGAUGUCACAGAGUACAGAAAGGAAAAAGAGUUCGCUGUCACAGAAGCGAAUGAAAAUAUUGUCGAAGUGAUCUCACCAAAUGAACUAGUCCAACAGCUGUGUGAGGAAGGUUGCCGAUGCGUAGGACUAGUAAGUCAAGCUGGAGGGGGCAAGACGACAAUGAUGAAGCGUACUGCACGAGGCGUUCUCGUCGCUAAUGAACUGGAUAACGAAUCUGAAGCAAAACUGGGAUUGUUUGCUCGGUUGUUCAAGAAACAGAAAAAUGGAUUCAAAUUUGUUCAUCACUUGAAUUUCAGAGACCUUCUUGUUUCUUAUGGUUUAACACCAGAAGAAGCUUUAACUCCAUGUACUCUGCUUUUCGGAAACUUUGCACCCAAUCUAUCAGGUCAAACUUUAAAAAAGGGAUAUAAAUGGCUUCAGCAACACCAAUCAGAAGCAAUUUUCUUCAUUGAUGGCCUGGAUCAGGUUACAUGGAAUCUAGAGGGAAAUUACAAUAAAAUGACAUAUACUGAUAGAUCUAGUACAGCCACAAUCAUGUUUAAUAUCUUAUCAGGCAACUUGUUCCCCCAUGUAACAUUAGUUAUUUCUUCACGCGAACACAGGAUGGCAUCCCUUCCCCUGGAGCUACGACCCCCAUUAAUUAUUGCUCUUGCUGGCCUUGAACGUGAUGACACCAGAAAACUAUUUACUGCUGUUGUAGGUGAAACAGGGGAAGAAUCCUGGAAUAGGAUGACGUUUCAGUCACCUGCACUCGUGCCAUUGUCUUCUGUCCCUUUAUUCUUGAUUUUCAAUGCAAUCGUUCAUAAAUCCAACCCAGAGAAUCUGCCUAAUACAAUGACUGAUGUAAUGACAAAAGUACUUCAUAUUUUCAUGCGUUCCUCGCACACUCAGGAGAAGAAAUUGAUUGAAAUAAUUCUUCACAAUUUGAUGAAAAUGUCAUUUGAAGCCACUCGAGAAAAGCGAGUUAUUUUCAACAAUACCGAUUUAAAAAACGCAGGACUUACAAAAGAAAUGGUACGUGAUCUCAUCAUAGAAGUACCUGGAGGCAGCCCACUACUUAAUCAACAUCCUUUGGAAGGUGACACUUUGAUGUUCUUUAGUCAUCAAAUCCUUCAAGAAAUGUUAGCUGCUCUGUACAUCGCCAACAUGGAUCUCGCAACUUUUCAAGCAUUCGUCACUAACGAGAUUCACAAGGAUCACUGGUCCGUUGUUCUACGGCUCCUGUGUGGAACUGUUUUCGAUCAAAAAAUUAAAGCUCAAUUCAUCAGAGAUCUUACAACUGAGACUGGACUAGAAAAGCAAAAUUGUCUCAAACAUGCACUCACAACUAAGAUAAAUCAAUGUACGAAAUCCUAUCAGAAGUUGGAGUUGUUUGGUGCGUUAUAUGAAGCCAAUGAUGCCGAGCUCAUUAGAUCCCAUGUUCAAGAAAUCAACUUCGAAAAUGAGUCUUUCACUGCAGCAGGUAUGUGUGCAAUGUCAUGUGUCAUGCGACGAUGUGGUCAUCUUGAACAAGUUCGCCUCGUCAAAUGUGAGCUCAAUGCAGAAUUAUUGAAACACUUCGAGUUCAACUUGAAAGGCUCUAUAGUGAAGGCAAGUGUUUAG